GCAUGCGCAGGCUACCCAGCCGCGGGGGGUGCACGGAGAAAAGGGGCGGGGUGGUCCGGGCUGCUGCGCUGGCAGCAGUAGGCGAGGGCGCGGCUGCGGGGUUCCUGGUGCUGAGGACGGACGCCAUUGGAGCCCCAGAGAAGCAUGGCUGAGGGAAGCUUCAGCGUGCAAUCGGAAAACUACAGUGUUGAAGACAUGGAUGAGGGUAGCGACGAAGUCCGGGAGGAAGAGAUGGUUGAAGGCAACGACUAUGAAGAAUUCGGUGCGUUUGGUGGCUACGGCACCCUCACCAGCUUUGACAUCCAUAUCCUCAGAGCCUUCGGAAGCUUGGGUCCAGGCCUUCGCAUCUUAUCGAAUGAGCCCUGGGAACUGGAAAACCCUGUGCUGGCCCAGACCCUGGUGGAGGCAUUGCAACUGGAUCCGGACACACUUGCCAAUGAGACCGCCGCCCGUGCUGCCAACGUAGCCCGCGCCGCCGCCUCCAACCGUGCGGCUCGGGCCGCUGCCGCCGCUGCCCGUACCGCCUUCACUCAGGUGGUCGCUAGCCACCGGGUGGCCACACCGCAGGUCUCAGGAGAGGAUACCCAGCCCACGACCUAUGCCGCCGAGGCUCAGGGGCCCACCCCUGAGCCACCCCUUGCUUCUCCGCAGACCUCCCAGAUGUUAGUCACCAGUGAGAUGGCUGCCCCCGGGGCCCCGGUAACCUCCACACAGUCCCAGACAGGCUCCCCGGCCCAGGAGGCUGCUACCGAGGGCCCUAGUAGGGCCUGUGCUUUCUCUCAGGCUCCGUGUGCCAGGGAGGUGGACACCACCCGGCCCAGCACAGCCUUCCUGGGUCAGAAUGAUGUCUUUGAUUUCACUCAGCCGGCGGGGGUCAGUGGCAUGGCCUUCCCCCGCCCCAAGAGACCUGCCCCAGCCCAAGAGGCUGCCACGGAGGGCCCCAGUGCUGCCUCCGGUGUGCCCCAGACUGGACCUGGCAGAGAGGUGGCAGCCACCCGGCCCAAGACCACCAAGUCAGGGAAGGCGCUGGCCAAGACUCGGUGGGUGGAGCCUCAGAACGUUGUGGCAGCAGCUGCUGCCAAGGCCAAGAUGGCCACGAGCAUCCCUGAGCCGGAGGGUGCAGCUGCUGCCACUGCUCAGCACAGUGCUGAGCCCUGGGCCAGGAUGGGAGGCAAGAGGACCAAGAAGUCCAAGCACCUGGAUGAUGAGUAUGAGAGCAGCGAGGAGGAGAGAGAGCCUCCUGCGGUCCCACCCACCUGGAGAGCAUCACAGCCCUCAUUGACGGUGCGGGCUCAGUUGGCCCCUCGGCGCCCGGUGGCCCCGAGGUCCCAGAUACCCUCAAGGCACGUACUGUGCCUGCCGCCCCGCAACGUGACGCUUCUGCAAGAGAGGGCAAAUAAGUUGGUUAAAUACCUGAUGAUUAAGGACUACAAGAAGAUCCCCAUCAAGCGCGCAGACAUGCUGAAGGAUGUCAUCAGAGAAUAUGAUGAACAUUUCCCUGAGAUCAUUGAACGAGCAACGUACACCCUGGAAAAGAAGUUUGGGAUCCACCUGAAGGAGAUCGACAAGGAAGAACACCUGUAUAUUCUUGUCUGCACACGGGACUCCUCAGCUCGCCUCCUUGGAAAAACCAAGGACACUCCCAGGCUGAGUCUCCUCUUGGUGAUUCUGGGCAUCAUCUUCAUGAAUGGCAACCGUGCCAGCGAGGCUGUCCUCUGGGAGGCACUACGCAAGAUGGGACUGCGCCCUGGGGUGAGGCACCCAUUCCUCGGCGAUCUGAGGAAGCUCAUCACAGAUGACUUUGUGAAGCAGAAGUACCUGGAAUACAAGAAGAUCCCUAACAGCAACCCACCUGAGUAUGAAUUCCUCUGGGGCCUGCGAGCCCGCCAUGAGACCAGCAAGAUGAGGGUCCUGAGAUUCAUCGCCCAGAAUCAGAACCGAGACCCCCGGGAAUGGAAGGCUCAUUUCUUGGAGGCUGUGGAUGAUGCUUUCAAGACAAUGGAUGUGGAUAUGGCCGAGGAACAUGCCAGGGCCCAGAUGAGGGCCCAGAUGAAUAUCGGAGACGAAGCUCUGAUUGGACGGUGGAGCUGGGAUGACAUACAAGUCGAGCUCCUGACCUGGGAUGAGGACGGAGAUUUUGGCGACGCCUGGGCCAGGAUCCCCUUUGCUUUCUGGGCCAGAUACCAUCAGUACAUUCUGAAUAGCAACCGUGCCAACAGGAGGGCCACGUGGAGAGCUGGUGUCAGCAGUGGCACCAAUGGAGGGGCCAGCACCAGCGUCCUAGAUGGCCCUAGCACCAGCUCCACCAUCCGGACCAGAAAUGCCGCCAGAGCUGGCGCCAGCUUCUUCUCCUGGAUCCAGCACCGUUGACGAACUGCAGCGAUCUUACUGGCCAAGCCAGAGUGCCUCCUCUCAGAUUCCUUCUCGACACAGCACCCUAGGCAGCUUCUUCCUGUCAGUCAGAGGUGGCAUGCAAGAUGAAGCUCUCUUUGCUCUUCCUGCUUUCAUUUUGUGCUUUUCCUUGCGCUUUCAUGUUUUGGGUAUCAGUGUUACAUUAAAGUUGCAAAAUUAA